UUGGCACAAAGGAAACGGAGGCGCAAGAGGAAAACACGAGCGCCUGCAAAAAGGACAGCAGGAAGUCUACAGAGGAAAGCAGUCGAAGCAUGGCUUCGGGGGAUGCCUCAGAGGUGGUGGAGAAGCCCCUGGUGUUUCGACUUCAUGAGGGAGCACCUGAGGUGGUGCGUGAAGUCCUCUUGGAGCGUGGCUGGGUGGAGUAUAAUGAGCAGGAGCAGGAAGAAGGCGACUGGAACCUUUACUGGCGCUCCUCUACAUUCCGGAGCUGUGACUUUGAUAACAUUUUGCCAUGGCAGAGACUGAACCACCACCCUAAAACAAUGGGAAUAACAAGAAAAGACAAUUUAGCAAGGAACCUAAAGCGAAUGAAAGGGAUUUUUGGCCCAUCGCUCUAUGAUUUUAGCCCGAUUGCUUUCAUCCUGCCCAAUGAUUAUACAAAGUUUGUGGCAGAGUAUACAAAAGACAGGUAUGCAAAUGGUGGGAAGCCAGGGUACUGGAUAUGUAAGCCAGUAGAUCUCUCUAGGGGAAGAGGGAUAUUUAUUUUUGAGGACAUUCAAGAUCUGGCUUAUGAUUCCUCUGUCAUUGUGCAGAAGUACAUAAGCAACCCUUUGCUGAUUUCUGGCUAUAAAUUAGAUCUCCGUAUCUAUGUUUGUGUCAGCAGUUUUCACCCUCUUACAGUGUACAUGUACCAAGAGGGCUUGGUGAGAUUUGCAACAGAGAAGUACAAGCUGACUUCACUCAACAACCUGUUUGCACAUUUGACCAACACAAGUAUCAACAAGUUUGGGCCAGCAUACACCAUGGACAAAGAGCGGGUGGGCCCAGGGUGCAAGUGGACAAUGAGUAAAUUCCGUUGCUUUUUGCAUAGCCAGAACAUUGAUGAAAUUAUUUUGUGGCAGAGAAUCAACAACAUAGUAACCCUGACCUUGCUUACCAUCGCCCCUUCCAUUCCACCGACCCCUAAUUGCAUAGAACUCUUUGGGUUCGAUAUCCUGAUUGAUGAUAAUUUCAAGCCGUGGCUCCUGGAAGUGAACUACAGCCCGGCACUGUCUUUGGACUGCCCAACAGAUGUGACGGUAAAGAUGGGACUGCUGUAUGACCUGGUCGAUCUGUUGAACUACAAGAAGAUGGAUAGCCAGAGACAAAGUGGUUACUUGAGACAGUGGUAUAAAGGCCCCCGUUAUUUAAGUACUCAGUCUUUGGGUUCAGCAAAUGCACCGAUAGUUCUUCCUAAAGCUAUGUAUAAGCCCAAGGAGCAUAUAGAUCUGAUUCACAACAGACGUUUCAGUCAUUCUGGUAUGUACAACCAGAAUUCUAAUAAUGAGGCACAGUCAGAUGAAAAAGAAUCCAUUGCAACCAAGGGCUCCAGUACGUCAUGUGAUAGCAGAACCCAGAUGUAUGCAUACAGCCGAGAAGGUGGCACUGAGGCAUCUAGACCUAACAUGCAUUGGGAUACUAAGAAGUGUCCUGUUCUUUCAAAAGAACCAGCACAGAUUCAGUGGACAAUAAGCACCACCAACAAGAAGACCUCUGCAGUUAGUACACAGGCUGUAUCUCAAAACAAAGAAAGGUUAGGAGCAGCUAGAAAAUGGCCAUACUUGAAGGAGUCGUCUCUUGGCUUUUGUAAGCUACCUUCAAUUCACAUACAAAGGUACAAACCUGCAUCUUUUCCCAGGAAUUCAAAAGCUAAUGAGAAUAUGAGGCCGCAAUCCCGAGUGGGAGACUUUAUUCUGACGUUUCCUUUUAAUGAAGCCACGUACAAGGCUUCAAGAAGCACAGUAAAUGUAAAAAUAGCAGUCCAAGAAGUUCAGAAGCUCAUAAAAAGGCUUGUGUCUUCUGAGCUUCAUAAAGUAAAGCGACGAAAAGCAGACUCUUUUUCAGACAGCAUAUGCAGUAGCAAAGAGUGUGUUGGGCCGUUCCUGUGGGGCCCUAAAGACCCUCCUCUUCUCAGUGAGUACUGCUCACACACAUGAUUAAAGAUUCACCCCGAUGUAAUACCUGCAGAUGUUAAUCAGGACAAAGUACUUAAAAAGAAUAGAGCCUAUCUCAAAAUGUUGUGUGAAAAUGGUCUAAUGCUAAAACCAACACUAGUAUUUGUAGUUGAAUUCAUUUUUUUAUGUCGACACCUACUAUUUCACGAAGACUACG